AUGAGCAGAACAAGCAACAAUUUGAUACAAAAACCAGAAGGCUCCUCUUUCGAAGUGUCUUGGGACGGCGACAAAGACCCCUCAGAUCCUCGCAACUUUACCAAACUGAAGAAAUGGACCAUUACAUUCAUAGUUUCCCACGUGAGUUUAUGCGUGACCUGUGCAAGCUCCAUUUACACCUCCACAUAUGAGGGAAUGGAAGCGCAAUUCCACAACUCAAGAAUUGUGUCAACACUCGGGCUUUCAACCUUCGUCUUGGGCAUUUCUCUAGGCCCCAUGCUUCUCAGCCCACUUAGCGAGCUCUACGGCCGACGACCAAUUUACCUCGUGUCAUGGAGCUUAUACAUCAUCUUUCUCAUACCACAGCUUGUCGCCAAGAAUAUUGCCACCAUGCUCGUCUUUCGCUUCCUAGAUGGCCUACUAGGUAGCACAUUCCUCGCCGUAUCUGGUGGAACCAUUCGAGAUUUAUUCGCAAGUAAAGAAAUAGGAGCGCCCAUGGCCGUGUUUGCCGUCUCGCCAUUCAUUGGCCCCAGUCUCGGACCGUUGGUGGGCGGUUUCAUUAAUUAUUACACAGACUGGCGCUGGACAUACUAUGUUUUAAUGAUUUGGUCCAUCCCUGUGUGGUUGACGAUUGUACUAUUGGUUCCCGAAACAUUUCAUUCAACGCUGCUGAAAAAGAAAGCGAAACAACUUCGCAAAACAACUGGCGACAAUCGGUGGAUAGCGCCCAUGGAGCCAGUCGAAAAGUCCAUAGCUCAAAUAGUUGGCACGUCCCUCCUCCGGCCCUUUCAGCUCUUGAUUUUUGAGCCCAUGUGUCUCAGUCUUUCCGUCUUCUCUGCCAUACUUCUGGGCAUCUUGUAUCUUUUCUUUGGCGCCUUCCCGCUUGUUUUUGGGGCAGUGUAUCAAUUUAAGCUGUAUCAGACGGGUAUCUCAUUCUUGGGCAUCAUGUGCGGUAUGCUGAUACCAGCCGUCACCGGCCCGUUUUGGAACCGCAUUGCCUCCAUUCUCGACGUUAGGGACAAGGGGGAAAAAGACCAGGAUGGGGAGGAGCCUGAGGGUAGACUACCGCCUGCCAUUGUUGGUUCGUUCUUGGUGCCCGCUGGAAUUUUCGUCUUCGGCUGGGCUGCGUAUUCGAGGGUGCACUGGAUGGUGCCUAUAGUUGGAUCCGCCAUUUUCGGACUUGGGACCAUGUUGGUAUUUACCGGUAUAUUCACAUUUCUUGUCGACGCCUACCCCUUAUAUGCUGCGAGUGCAUUAGCCGCCAACGCCUUUGUGCGUUGCCUGUUUGCCGGUGAGUCCCCCAACGCCCUGAGAAUCUAA